AUGUCUGGACUGAACGUGAUGAUGGCGGGUCAAACGAUAAACGAUAGGCUUCUUGCCGCUCGUCACAGUAUCGCGGGGCAGGGAUUAGCAAAAUCAGUAUGUAAAGCCACAACCGAAGAAAUGAUUGCACCUAAAAAGAAACAUUUAGAUUAUUUAGUCCACUGCACAAACGAGCCGAACGUGUCAAUACCGCAGCUAGCGAACCUGUUGGUCGAGCGCACACAGAACACCAACUGGGUGGUGGUGUACAAAGCAUUGAUUACCGUACAUCAUCUACUAGCUUACGGGAAUGAGAGGUUUACACAAUAUUUAGCGUCGAGUAAUUCUACAUUUCAACUAAGUAAUUUUCUUGAUAAGAGUGGAGUUCAAGGCGCGGCAGGAGCCCGGAUCGGCUAUGACAUGUCACCGUUCAUCCGGCGAUACGCCAAAUACUUGAAUGAGAAGGCGCUAUCCUACAGAACUGUUGCCUUCGAUUUCUGUAAAGUAAAGAGGGGUAAGGAAGAGGGUUCUCUCCGUAUGAUGAAUGCGGAGAAACUAUUGAAGACAUUGCCAGUACUUCAGGCGCAAUUGGACGCGUUGUUGGAGUUCGACUGCACCGCCAAUGACCUUACCAACGGUGUCAUAAAUAUGUGCUUUAUGCUGCUCUUCAGAGAUCUUAUAAGACUCUUCGCUUGCUACAACGACGGCAUCAUCAAUCUAUUGGAGAAGUAUUUUGAUAUGAACAAAAAGAACUGUCGCGAGGCUCUCGACCUCUAUAAAAAGUUCCUUAUAAGGAUGGAUAGAGUUGGAGAGUUCUUAAAGGUAGCAGAAAACGUGGGCAUAGACAAAGGGGACAUCCCCGACCUGACGAAGGCGCCGAGCAGUUUGCUGGACGCGCUGGAAGGCCACCUCGCUACGUUGGAAGGGAAGAAGGGAUCAGCUGCCAACACGCCUACACAGACUGCCAGCGCUCAAAAGAACGUAGCAAGCGUGAUGGGCGCUCUCUCGUCCACGUCGUCAUCAUUCGGCAACGCGGCCGCCUCGACGCGCCUCGAUAAUCAGGCAAAUGGAAACUUAUUUAUAGAUGAUUCCCUUAAACAACAAGUAUUGGCUGAAGAAGAAGCCGCCAUGAAUCAGUACAAGAACAAAGUGCAGUCGCCAACUAACUCUGCCAACAACCCGUUCCUGUCGAGUGCGCCCCCACAGAACCAAAACCAGUCCAUAGUGGAUCUAUUCGGCCCCGCGCCCUCCGACACCGCCAACAACACUAGCAAGGCCUCGGACGAUCUGUUGUCUCUGGGCAACCCCUUCGCGGAUAUGUUUGGAGCGACCCCCCAGCCCGCGCCUCAGCCGGCCUGGCAGAGCAACGGAAUACAACAACAGUUCGGCCAAAACAACUCGUUCGUCACCGACGCUAGUUUCAAUAACGUAUUCAAUACUGACACUACUGCAGCCGCGGCAAACCCUUUCAUGGGUAUGGGAGAGCCGGUAACCUCCUCCCCCGCCCGCCCCCCACCCCCCGCCCAACCGAAAUCCGCCUUCGACGAUCUAGAGGACGUGAUGAGAAUGUCCCUCGGUUCGCCCGCGAAAAACCAACCGAUAACCCAACAACCACAAUCGCAGCAACCACAACAAGGGCAACCGCAACCUUCUGUGUUCGGUGACGUCAUGUCGAUGCCGGUCGCCCAGCCGAUGAUGUUCGGCUCGCCCGCCCGACAACCGAUGAUGGCAAUGGGUCAACAACCCCAACAGCCACCGCAACCGAGUAAAGUCUUGACCGGUGACUUAGAUUCAUCUCUCGCUCAACUCGCGAACAAUCUUACUAUCAACAAAACCGCCACAGCUCAAAAACCGAUGCAGUGGAGUUCGCCGAAGAACGCGAAGCCCGCCGCGUGGAGUCCGCAGCCGAUGCAGGCGACCACCGGCGCUGGAUACCGCCCUAUGGGUCCCGGCAUGACUCUGCCACCAAUGCCCCAUACAUUUCCCCACACGUAUCACCCCUCGCAUUUUGUUCUGCAACAGCCGCCCAUGGUAAUGAAUGCGAGCCCCAUGAUGCCCAUGGGCGGUAUGCCCCCCAUGCGGCCACCUGUACCACCACAACCUACUAAUCAGUUCAGU